AUGGGGGUCAUCCACAGGGACCUCAAGCCCGAGAACUUCCUGCUGCUCAGCAAGAAUGACCACUCGCCCCUCAAGGCCACAGAUUUCGGGCUUUCAGUGUUCUACAAAUACGGAGUAGUUUUCAAGGACAUUGUUGGCAGUGCAUAUUACAUUGCUCCGGAAGUCCUUAAGAGAAGGUACGGACCAGAAGUCGAUAUUUGGAGCAUUGGUGUCAUGUUGUACAUUCUUCUCUCUGGUGUUCCGCCUUUCUGGACCGAAUCGGAGAAUUGUAUAUUCGAUGCAAUUUUACGCGGGCACAUAGAUUUUAGUUCUGACCCAUGGCCUUCGAUCUCUAGUGGAGCAAAGGACCUCGUGAGGAAGAUGUUGAAUUCAGACCCCAAGCAAAGGCUGACGGCAUCCGAAGUGCUAAGUAUGAUUUACGUGUUCUCCAGGGCCGGCUCUGCCGACACUCCUCUUGACAAUGCUGUUCUAAGUAGGCUCAAGCAGUUCAAGGCUAUGAAUCAGUUCAAAAAAGUCGCCCUAUGGGUCAUAGCCGGUUGUCUGUCGGAGGAAGAAAUCAUUGGGCUGAAAGAAAUGUUCAAAGGAAUGGACACUGACAACAGCGGAACAAUAACACUCGAGGAGCUAAAGCAAGGGUUGUCCAAACAGGGCACAAAGCUGUCCGAAUACGAAGUGAAGCAAUUGAUGGAAGCUGCGGAUGCUGAUGGGAAUGGGACGAUCGACUAUGAAGAGUUCAUUACAGCAACAAUGCACAUGAACAGAAUGGACAGAGAAGAACACCUUUACACGGCCUUCCAGUAUUUCGACAAGGACAACAGCGGGUACAUAACCAUAGAAGAACUAGAGCAGGCACUAAGAGAUUUUGGCAUGGAAGACGGCAAGGACAUAAGGGAAAUCAUCAAUGAAGUCGACUCGGAUCACAUAAGUUUUUUCGAAUUUAUUAGCAUAUUAGCAAGAUCGAUUUUAUAA